AAUCAUUUUAGCAAUAUUGUACAAGAAUAUUCAGCAACUAGUUUUUAAGCAUCAAAUGUAGAGAAGAAUUAUCAUCCUUUUUGAGGCAUCAUACAGAGAUAAGAGUGCUCUUCAAGUUAAGCAUCAAAGUUCUUCCUAGUUUUAUUGUAUGUUUGUUAAUUUCAGAUAUUGUCAUGGUUAUUUUCACUCUUUGUUGUGGAAUUUUUUCCCUUACAUAUGGAGGAGAGAAGGGAACUGACCCUUGAGGAGGAGCAGACCCAAGAAGAAAAAUCUUUCAUUGAUAUGGAGGUGAUCAAGGAAGAGAUUAAGCGAGUUCAGACCAAAGAAGGGGAGAGGACUGCAGAGGGGGAAAGGCAUAAAAGUGAAGAAGUCAUUGAGAAGAACAAAGAAAGACGGGGUUUGGUUGAUUUUGUGUCUGCAACUGAUCCGAAAAGAAUGGUAAGGGAGAGACGAGGUUUGAUGGAUUUCAGGAAGUUGUCAUCACAAUCAAAUUUAUCUAGAUAUGUUAGCCUUAACCACAGGGUCCAAUAUUCCUCUCCUAAUGCUGGUCUGAAAACAAAGGUUAAGAUUCAGCCCCUACAACCAAAUGGCAAGAAACAGGAGAAGCAACAAGGAAAUGAGGAGAAGGAGAAUAGUAACCUAGUCACGCAACCAAAGUCUCCUGUGCUUGGUCGGCAAAGCAAGCCUGCAUCUAAAGCUGAAAGCAUCAAGACAGGAGACAAAGCCAAGGGAUUGUCAUCAAAGACAAUAACCAGCAGUGCUAAGGAGAAAAUAAACAAUAUAUUCAAAAGUACUGAGUAAAGUUUUGGAUACUUCAAAAUGAACAGUGAAAGGUGUU